UGGUAUACGAAAUGGAAGUGAGCAACGUUUCAGGCGGCUGCAGACACAGAGCUGAUCUUUGGGAUUUCCUGUUUGAGGUUGUGUCUCAGAGAUGCUCUCCAUCCUCUGCCAGCAUCACCUCCAAGCUUGGUCUGCAGAGAAGCUUACAUAAAUGGAACAGAGUGCUCCUGUCCCUCCCAGCUGUUUUGUUCUUUAAAAUAAAGAGUGAAAGUGGAAGGACCACUGUGGACUGCAGCAGGCUCGUAGAGCACAUCAACAAGCAUCAGAGGAAGGUGUGUUCUCCAGAUAGCGUGCUGGCCUGCUCGGUAACUGCACACCUCCUGAAGGGUCUGCUAUGUGCGGCUGUGCAGUGUGGACGCCCCGGAGAAGAAGUCAACAGAGUUUGGUCUCAGAUGAGCAUCAGUUGUCCUCUUCUCGUGGUCUCUGCAGUGCGCUGGUGGCAGCAGCUUUCUCCGCUCCUCUUUUCCUUGUGGGCUCGUCUCCGUAAUGGAGAGUCUCCUCCAGAACAGCUACAGCGCCUCUCGGAUUGUUGGCUCUGGGCCUGCAGUCUAAAGCGGAGUCAGGUGGCCAAGAUGCCUGAAGCUGCUGUUUUGGUGUGCGCCGCGAGCCUGCAUGGCUCCUUCUGCAGAGGCUGUGAGGAACAGCAGCAGAGCUUCAGUGAUGCUGUGAAGUCACUGAAAGCAGAGAGAGGAGCUGAAUACAAACAGGUUCUUGUUUCUCUGCUCUUCCUUUGCUUGAAGGACUACCUGUCAGCACUUCUGUACCCUCAGGAGCAAAGUUGUGAAAAAUCUAAACAUUUCUGCUCAGAGCUUCUGGCUGUUUUGGUGAAUUCUGCUGACUGUCUGCUAAUCUUCAGCUCCAACGCAUCUUCAGAACCAAACCGGUAUCCCUGGGUCUCCCUGACAUCUUCGGACGAUUGCAUACGGUUAAUGCCCUGGGCUCUCUGCAGUUUGCUGCUGCAGCAAAGUGCUGAGUUCCUCCAGAGGGCGCUGUGUUGUCCAGGGUUCCUCCACGCUGCCAUCCUGUGGUACCUCUCUGUGCUGCAGCUGUUCCUAGAAGGAGACACGCCCACCAUGACCACAGCACCUACUGAGAAGCUGGAUCCCUCCCAGGUUCUGAACCGCACCAAACAGCUUGUCCUGAGUUCGAUCUCACAGGUACCUCCCGCUGCACUCUCCUCCAGCCAGCUGCGACAGCUGGAGUGUCAAUGCGCAGACCUGGACCCAGAAUUGGCUGCAGCUCUGUCGGUUUUGCUGAACCCUCACAAUCUCAGCCCUGAGAUAGACUUCCUUUAAUGGUGACAGACUGGAAACAUCUGACCUGAUGCUAAACGUCAAA